GCAUAAGGCUCGCUAUCGAGAGUGUUGCCGAUUCUGUACCGCCAUGGCACCUCCCAAACACGAUGAUUUCAUGGACAUGGCCUCUGAUUCUGACAAUUCUUUCGACGAAGGUCUGCAAAGGAAGGGGAAGGGGAAGAGUAAGUCGACAGACAAACGCAAAAAAGAUCAGAACAAAAGGAAACCCAAGGAUGUGCAAGCCUACACCUGGGAGGCUUCAUACACUCGUUCAUGGGAGGCUGUUCGAGAAGACGAAGCUGGCAGUCUGCAGCAUGCAGUGGAAGAUUAUGUUGCCCGUGGGAGGCGAAAGCGGCUGCAGGAUCCGUCAACUGCUAUUAGGAGGACUAUUAUACGACACUUGGUACUAGUAUUGGAUUUGUCUGCAUCCAUGUUGGAUCGAGAUAUGCGGCCGACGCGUUUUUCCUUGACCCUUCAAUAUGCGCGAGAGUUCGUCCUUGAAUGGUUUGACCAAAACCCUCUUGGACAGAUGGGAGUAGUGGGAAUGAGAGCAGGUGUCGGGGAGCGUAUAGGAAGUAUGACAGGCAAUCCUCAAGACGUCCUCAAAGCCAUUUCGGACCGACAUAAACUCGAACCUAGCGGUGAUACAAGCUUACAGAAUGCUGUUGAAAUGGCCCGGAACAGUAUGAACCAUCUUCCAACACAUUCCUCGAGAGAAAUCGUCAUCAUAUUUGGUUCUCUUACUACCGUCGAUCCCGGUAAUAUUCAUGAAACUUUGGAGGAAUGUAUCAAAAGCAAGAUACGAAUAUCCAUGGUUGCGCUAGCGGCUGAGAUGAAGAUAUGUCGUGAUCUCUGUGUUAAAACUGGUGGUCAAUUCGGUGUGGCACUGAAUGAAGGUCACUUCAAAGACUUGCUCUUUGAGCUGGUCCCUCCUCCCGCCCAACGGUCCCUUUCGCGAGCAGCAGGUGCAGGAGCGACCACAACAUCUGCAAAUUUAAUGUUGAUGGGCUUCCCGACGCGUCUACCUGGCGCUUCUCCCCCAAGUCUAUGUGUUUGCCAUUCAGACCUCAAAAGUGACGGUUUUCUCUGCCCUCGCUGUCUCGCCAAAGUUUGCGAUGUUCCAACUGACUGCGACAUAUGCGGCUUAAUGAUCGUCAGCUCUCCUCAUCUUGCUCGUAGUUAUCACCAUCUCUUCCCGGUUAAACCUUACGUUGCCGUCGAGUCAUUGGAUGAAAGUUCUCCUACAUGUUGCGGUUGUGCUCGUCCGUUUCCCACAGUGGUAUCGCAGACGGUGACAGAGGGGGUCAGUCCUAUUGGGAGGUACCGCUGUCCUGAUUGUCGGCAAGAUUUUUGCUCCGACUGUGAUGUAUUCAUUCACGAUGUGCUACAUUGUUGCCCAGCUUGUGGCAAGUAAAACCCUGG